AUGACUGGCCGUGGCAAAGGUGGUAAAGGAUUGGGAAAAGGUGGCGCCAAACGUCAUCGCAAAGUUCUUCGUGACAACAUCCAGGGAAUUACGAAGCCCGCCAUCCGUCGUCUCGCUCGUCGUGGCGGUGUGAAACGUAUUUCCGGUCUCAUCUACGAGGAAACUCGUGGCGUGCUGAAGGUAUUUCUGGAGAACGUCAUCCGUGAUGCUGUCACUUACACCGAACACGCCAAACGCAAGACUGUGACAGCAAUGGAUGUUGUCUACGCGCUGAAAAGGCAAGGUCGCACACUCUACGGCUUUGGCGGUUAA